CGCCGCUGCUGCGCUGGGUACCUGCUGGUUGGCGCUAAGCGAGGAGGAGCGGCUGCGGCAGCCUCUUGCUCUGUCCGGGCGAGCGAGCGAGCGAGCAGCCGGCCCUUGAGCCAGGGCGGAGAGGAUGAAGCCGGCGGCCCCGCAACCAGGGCGGCGGAGAGCCCCCCGGGCCAUGUAACACUUCUGCUGCUGCUUCUGUUGGAUCUCUCCCCUCAGCAGUGCCUGGGAAGCCCCUUCUACUCAUUGAUCUUCCCCUUUCAGCUCCAAGUUGGAUUCCUCCCUUUCCUCCAGGAUGUCCCAGGCUGGAGCAGUUGUGUGCUUCCUUCCUGAGGGAGACCGUGCCGUGUCACCUCAGCACUUUGCUAGAGAGCUGGAGAGGAGACCUUGGCUGUCACCGGCCAAGAAUGCGGAGCUUGCUGCCUUCAACGCCCAGCACUGCCUCACACCAAACCUCAAUGCUGGCAGGAUUCAUCUUCUCCGCAAAGGACUGACCCCAGAGGCCAGGAGGUCCCAGCUGGGCAUGUACAAUAGCACCGGUUCCCUCAUCCGGAAGGUCACAGAGAUGGGCUGCUGCCCCAGCUCAGGGAGAGUGACUGCUCCAUGUACCCCAUUGAGAAGCAGGCCUCUGCCCUCCCUGUGCUCCCCAGGCAGCCGCACCCCUCUGGUGGCCCCAGUCCCUGGUGGGAAAAGCUCUGUGGUGACCUUCCGCUUCAUUGAGAAGGCCAGUGUGAAAACGUUAAAUGGCCUCCCGCUGGCAGAGGCCAGGAAAGAAGGUGGCCUGAGCAGGAGCUUGGAGUUUGGAGAAGCCCUUCACUGUGGCUCCAGCAAGCCAGGGAGCUGCCGUUCUCCUGCCCCAAACCAGCAUCCCCCCCAACAGCACAAAGCUACGAUGUCUCUGGAACCUGCCACUCUAGACACGAGUGAGAGUCUCCAAAAGAGGACAAAUGAGUACAACCUGGCCAGCGCCAGCCCUACAAGUGAACAAGCUUUGCUGAUCCUCAGUGGUAAAGGCCAGGAGCACCUGAGUCACAAGCUGAAGCUGGAGACCUCUGCUUCAGAUCCUCUUCUGGCUGGAAACCGGUUCCUUGGGGGUGCCCAGUCCUCACUAAGCCUGGGCAAUGGAAGCCCACACCCUCUGAAUUCCAACUGCCUCUCCAGCUCACUCACCAGUGGGAUAAGCAGCCCUUCCAAGGACAUCACAUUACUCCACAGAAGCCCACAAGGUGGAGAAUCCCAGUACCAGGGAAACCUUUGGGCAUAUUCCCGAGAGAGUUCUGCCCAUGCCCAGCGCAUUGCCAAAGCCAAGUGGGAAUUCUUCUAUGGCUCAUUGGACCCUCCUGGGACAGGCAUGUCUCUGCAGAAAGCACCUGAUCCUCCCUCUCAGCUCAAGAAGUCCAGCCUCCCAGUGCAACCAAAACCAGACUGGGUGGUGCCAGAACACAGCCUGUGUCAUGUAGAAGUAGAGAUUGAGAUGGCUCCACCGGGCAGUACAAAGCCUGGAAACUGUGAAACUGGAAUUAUCCGCAGAACACUCAAGUAUUCAGAGACUGAUUUGGACUCUGUUCCUUUGAGGUGCUACCAUGAGACCAAUAUUGAUGACAUCUUGGCUGAGAAAGAAGAGGUGGAUUCGGCCAUUGAGAGCCAGAAGGACAGCGAGAGCAAUCCGAGCUUCACGGGGAUCUUGGGGAAAGGGAGUGCUGCUCCAGGAGAUCCCUUCACACAGCACAUGGGUGAAGAGAAUGGCGAAUGUUUGAGAAACAGAAUACAGGACAAUGAAGAAGAUGACGUAUUUGAAGUCCCACACCAGCAACAGGAGAGGAUCAUGGACAGAGAUGCCCAAGGGCUGCUCAAGUCCCCAGUGCCCUUCCUCCUGGGGCAUAGCCUAUCUAAGGAUGGCAUGGAUUCAUUCAGCAAACAUUUUGAGAGCAUCAUGGAGUCUCACCGAGCCAAAGGAACUUCCUACACUAGCCUGGAUUCCAUUGAUAUCCUGUCUUCCCCCACUCACACACACAGUGGGACUUACUUCACUUUUGAUCUCCCUACCCUUACCCCAGCAAUACAGGAGCAAAUUCGAGACAGUGCCAAGCUCAUUGAGCAGAACUUUGCCCCUCUGGCCCUCCUGGAGCCAGACUCUGGAACCAGUUCUGCCACCGAUGCUCCCUGGACUGAGCGGGAAGAGGAGCCAAGACGAGGAAGGAAAAGUGGUCUGCAGAGUCCCUGCCACUCUGAUGACAGCUUGGGAAUUCCCCUGGCCUCAAUCAUCAGUGAGCAUCCUCUUAGUCAGCUGAUCUCUGACUCAGACUCUGAAAUGGACAGCACAGAGCAACUGGCCCUGGGCAGCACAGACACCCUCUCCAAUGGGCACAAGGCUGAUCUGGAGGCUGCUAGACGCCUGGCAAAGAGGCUCUACAACUUGGAUGGAUUCAAAAAAGCAGAUGUGGCCCGCCACCUGGGGAAGAAGUACGUUAAUGAUUUUAGCAAGAUGGUUGCUGGAGAGUACCUGAAGUUCUUUGAAUUCACUGGAAUGAGUUUGGACCAAGCACUUAGGUCCUUUCUGAAGGAGCUGGCCCUCAUGGGUGAAACUCAGGAGCGGGAGCGAGUCUUGGCUCAUUUUUCCCAGCGCUAUUAUGAGUGCAAUCCCAAAGCCAUCUCUUCUGAGGAUGGAGCUCACACUCUGACCUGCGCCUUGAUGCUCUUAAAUACAGACCUUCAUGGACAUAACAUUGGGAAGCGAAUGUCCUGUUCAGAUUUCAUUGGGAACCUGGAAGGACUCAAUGGAGGGAGCGAUUUCCCCCGAGAGCUGCUCAAGGCCCUGUAUAGCUCCAUCAAGAAUGAAAAGCUGCAGUGGGCUAUAGAUGAAGAAGAACUGCGCAAGUCCCUUUCAGAACUGGCAGACCCCAACCCCAAAUCCAUCAAACGCAUCAGCAGCUGCAGUAACCCUUUCCUGGACUUCUCACAGGAUUCCAGCAUUGCCACGUACAAGCAUGGUCUCCUGGUGCGCAAGAGCCACGCAGAGCCCGACUGCAAAAAGACCCCCAGAGGAAAGCGGGGAUGGAAGACUUUCCACGGGAUCCUGAAGGGGAUGAUUCUCUAUCUCCAGAAGGAGGAGUAUAAGCCUGGCAAGGCCCUGUCAGAGGAGGAGCUGAAGCACGCCAUCAGUAUCCAUCAUUCCUUGGCCACCCAAGCAUCAGACUACAACAAGAGACCCAACGUCUUCUACCUCAGGACAGCUGACUGGCGGGUCUUUCUCUUCCAGGCCCAGAACACAGAGCAAAUGCAUUCCUGGAUCACACGCAUCAAUGUGGUGGCAGCCAUGUUCUCUGCCCCCCCAUUCCCAGCUGCCAUUGGGUCCCAGAAGAAAUUCAGCCGCCCCCUACUGCCCAGCUCUACCACACGGCUGUCUCAGGAGGAGCAAGUGAAGAGUCAUGAAACCAAAUUCAAAGCCAUGGCAGCCGAGUUGCUGGAGCACCGCUCCUCCCUGCCCGAGAAGAAGGUGAAGGGCAAGGAGUAUGAGGAGCUGAAGCAGAAGGAGGAGUAUCUGGUGUUUGAGAAAUCCCGCUAUGGCAUCUAUGCCACACUAAUGCGUGCCAAGCUGAAGACUGGCUCAGAGGACCUGGCAUCUCUGGAGGCCACCCUGUUUGACACAACAGGCAGCCCCGAGGACAACCUCAAGAAGUCCCACACCAGCCCCUCCCUGAGCCAGGAGCCAGUGGGCACAGGUUCCAGGAUCAAACGUAACAGUCGACAAGCUACCAGCAGUCUGCAAAAAUCCUAGAAGGGACAGGCCUGCCAGGAGGGUGGCAUGCCUGUACUAAUAACCUGCAUGAUUUCAUUCUCCGUGGCCAGGAGCCAUACCAUAGGAGGCCAGAGGGCACCUUGCUAUGGACCAGGUCCUCCAUCAACUUCACCAGCCAGCAGGAAGGCUGAUGACCUAUCCUGACCACAGUCCCAGCGUGUACAGCCUUCCCUGGCUCAUGGGACUCCGGCUUCUGCACAAGUGAAGCAACCAAAAAAAACCCAUGGGUAACCAAGCAAGAGGGCUGUGUUCCAGGGCACACAGGGGUUCCACAGCAGGAAGAACCUUUUCCAUUUCUUGCAAAAAAAGGGGAAAAAAGAGGGAGCUGGAUCCUGGCUGCCUCCACACUGCACCCCUUUCCCUGCCAGUUUUACACUUUUUCUGAUAUAAUGUUUUACAUUUUUUUAAUACUUGACAAAACUGAACCACAUUGGGAGUAGGAAAUGUUAAUUCAUGCUUUGGGGACACUACAAAAGAUAGUUGCUACAUUUGGUGGACAGUUUUGCCUAGAAUCUGGGGGCCCUUAUCCCUCCUGCAGCCAUAAGGCUGCCCACAGGAGAAACUCCUGCGCAGAAGCCCAAAUCCUUUCACCACCAGCAGCUGUCCUGGACUGGCUCACUUAAGUUUCCACCAGCAUGAGCUGGACCUUGACUCACAGAACUGGCUGAGAUUUGCAGUUUAGCUUCAUACUGAGGGACCAGCACAAACAGGGUAAUCCAGGGACAGUGGAUGCCUCCCAAACGGCAGCCUAACCAAGCCAUACUGGGGUGCCCCAGGAGCACAUCCUGUACAAUCCCUUCCCCCCUCCCUCUAGGGGUUGCUGUGUCUCGUGGGCAUGCUGGCCUUUUGCUUAGGCCUGGGUAGACCCUGGCCUACUUGUGGGGCUUAUGAGUUGUAGUGACCAGAACGGAGUGGCUUGUGGACAGCGCUUGCUGAAUAUCAAGCUAGAAAAGGAAUCAAGUGGGGACAUUUUCCAGACUGAGCCUGGGCAAGGCAUGUCUAAGAAGGGGUUCCAAAAAAACCUGCCAGGAACAUUUCCAUCCCCAACUGUUGUCCUUGGCUGUACAACUGGUGCCACCACAGCCCCUGUACAGAUAGCCUGUUCCUUUAACUUGUAACUUCAAAGGGCUUUAAUGCAGUGGCUCCAAUAGUUGCUCACAACAAAAUGUACACUGAGAGAGGGACAAAAAAAAAAGUCUAGCUGAUUUUCAGAGUCAGAGGUAUAGACAUAAGCCAGCGGAGAAUCUGCAAACACAUGAGAAGGCCGGAGGUCUACAAAAAGGGUUGGUGUAUUCCAGGGUAGUGGGUGGGAAGUGCCACGCCCCAGUGCAAGGGGCUGGCUGUUUCCAGCACUGGCUCUCUGAAUGUGUCAAUUUUUUAUUCUGCUCUUGAGUUGACUGCAAAAAAAUAAUAUAUAUAGAUCUAUAUAUAGA